UCAGUGAAGUAAUUGCCGUGUGUGUUUGUGUGUUUGUACUUGCAGGUUCAAUACGUCAGUAUACGAACAAGAUUUUCAUUGAGAAAAUGCUUAGAUCCAAUUCAGGACCGAAAUCAUUUGCGAGACCUCGGCCUUCAGGAGGUAGGUACUCUUCUCCGAAGAAGUCCGAACAAAGGUGUGAGAGACCUUUGUCUCCUGAAGACCUCAACCCUCCCACCAUCUUGAGGGAGCACGGACAAAGGGGUGAGGGCCCUUUGUCCAGUGGAGGCACCAACCCUUCUGCCACCAUGAAGGGGCACAGGCAACGGGGCGAGGGCCCUUUGUCUUGUGCAAAGAACCAGCCCUCUACCACCAGGCAGCGAGAACGAAAGGACGUGAGCUCUUUGUUCUUCGUUGGUACCAACCCUUCUGCCACCGCGAAGGAGCACCGGCAACGGGGCGAGGGCCCUUUGUCUUGUGCAGAGAACCAGCCCUCUACCACCAGGCAGCGAGAACGAAAGGACGUGAGCUCUUUGUUCUUCGUUGGUACCAACCCUUCUGCCACCAUGAAGGAGCACCGGCAACGGGGCGAGGGCCCUUUUUCUUGUGCAGAGAACCAGCCCUCUACCACCAGGCAGCAAGAACGAAAGGACGUGAGCUCUUUGUUCUUCGUUGGCACCAACCCUUCUACCACCUUGAAGGAGCACCAGCAAAGGGGUGAGGGCCCUUUGUCUUCCUCUUCUGAAGAAGAGGAGCCUUCUACUGCAAGGCGGCAGCAAGAAGAAAGGGCCGAGAGCCCUCCUUCCUCUUCUGAAGAAGACGAGGCGUCUACCACCAGGCAGCAAAAACAAAAGGACGUGAGCUCUUUGUUCUGCGUCGGCACCAACCCUUCUACCACCGUGAAGGAACACAGGGAAAGUGGUGAGAGCUCUUUGUCUUCCUCUGAAGAAGACGAGCAGCCUUCCACCACGAGCCGGCAGCAAGAAGAAAGGGCCGAGAGCCCUCCUUCCUCUUCUGAAGAAGACGAGGCGUCUACCACCAGGCAGCAAAAACAAAAGGACGUGAGCUCUUUGUUCUGCGUCGGCACCAACCCUUCUACCACCGUGAAGGAACACAGGGAAAGUGGUGAGAGCUCUUCGUCUUCCUCUUCUGAAGAAGAGAUGCCUUCUUCCUCAAGGAGGCAGCAACAACAAAGUCCUGCGUCCUUCAUCGAGAUCAACCUUUCUACCACCUUGAGUCAGGAUGGACAAAGUGGUGGCAGCCCUACUUCUUCUGAUGAAGUCGAGCCUUUUGCUCCAAUGCGGCUUCAGGCAUGGAGGAGUGAGAGCUCUUCGUCUUCCUCUUCUGAAGAAGAGGAGCCUUCUUCCUCAAGGAGGCAGCAACAACAAAGUCCUGCGUCCUUCAUCGAGAUCAACCUUUCUACCACCUUGAGUCAGGAUGGACAAAGUGGUGGCAGCCCUCCUUCUUCUGAUGAAGUCGAGCCUUUUGCUCCAAUGCGGCUUCAGGCAUGGAGGAGUGAGAGCUCUUUGUCUUCAUCUUACGAAGAAGACGAGUCGGCUAAUAGCUUUUUAUCCAUCCAUCUGAGUGCAAGAGAGAACUUCGGGGAUGCAAGACAAAAUGAGGAAGCAGAAAGAAUAGACCGCGUUGCUAGAGAAAUCCAGUCAACCGUCGCGGAGGAGCUUAAUUCGAAGACAAUGGCAGAAAAAGAACGACUGCUCGAGCGGAGGACGGAGCUGGUUGUGUACAAACGCAGACAAGAGUUUAAGGUGGAGAGGGAAGUGAGGAUGCAAAGACUGAAGCUGGUCCAAAUUGCGUGGUUUCCGAGCAUCGACUUUGAGCACCCGCCACAGAUUCUCAAUAGGAUUGAGGUCUGGGCUCUGUGCGGGCCACUCCAGGACCUUGGUUUUGGGAUCCUUCAGGAACGACGCAGCGACGACCUUAGGAUAGACUACGGACUUCUGCACAUUAUCCCUCAAAUUUUCAACAUGAUCUGCCUUUUCCAUGACGCCGUGCACCCGAACAAGGCUCCCUGUGCCUGA